CCGCUCUCCCAUUGGCUCCAAACGCCGGGGGGGAGGAGGGGGCGGGGCAGAGAGCGAGAAAUUUGAAAUCUGCUGUGGCGAUUGCAAAGGCGGGAACGGCGGAGCCGACGCUAUGGAGGAGGCCAACGUGACCAAGCUGGAGAUUGGCGACAUCACGUUCACGAUGCGGGACAAGGUGCAUAGCCUCCUGCUGGAUUUCGACGAGACGGUGAUGAGGCCAAAGACACAGUGGCUCGAGGAGAUCGUGAACGAGGCCCAAUUGCACUUCUCCGCCGCAAAAGCACCGGAGAUGCUCCCCAAGACUCCGUCGGCCAAGAAUCGGAGACGUCUACGCAAAAGCUCUGUCGCCUGCAACACGAACCAGUACAACACCCCGCCACGCACCAGACUUCGCUGCAACCACGUUGGCCGGCAGAGCAGGCUGGCCACCUCGUCGACGGGCGUGCUCACGCGCUCGGUCGUGCGCCAGAUGGCCGCUCACUCCACGGUCUCCUCCGGCGCCGGGAGUGCCGCCGCAGCCAGCGCGAGGGCGAACAGCUCCCGGGGUGCGGCGGGCAGGACGGUGCUGAACAUGGUGGGUCGCUACGAGGAGCUGAUUGCGUCGGCAUCGAAGGCAACGCCCAGGCCUCCUAACGCCACCAUGGAGGCCGACGCCAGCGGCGCCAACUCGGAACUGACCAGCGGACAUUCAACCCGGAGACUGUGGACAUCAGCGGCAGCAGCAGCAGCAGCAGGAGGGGAAGCUGUAGGAUCCGGGUGGGCGGCAGCAGCAGCGGUGGAAGCAAGAGCCGACACAGCCAAUCCGGUGCAUCUCUCCGAUUCGCUCAACGCCAGCAGCGCCGCCGCCACCGCCGCCGUGUCGUCGCCCGGAGGGGUGCAGCGUCCGACGCGGCAGAGCCGCGCCACCGCCGCCGCCGGCGUGGUGUCCUCCAUCCUGGCGAGCCGCUACUCGCAGGGCAAGCAGCGCGCCAGCCUGGCGCGGGAGCGGGCACGCCGGAGCAACCUGGCGGCGGCCGCGGCGGUCACGGCGGCGAUGGCGCGGCGGUGCGCCAUGGAGGAGCAGGAGGAGGAGGUGGAGCGAGAUGUGAAAAACGGUGAAUCCAUUUCGUCCGGCUCGGAGACCACGCAGCUGAGGAAGCGGAGCUGGAGCAUGUCGUUGGACGAGCUUCCGCCCGGCGGGGACGGCGAGUCGCGCUCCUCCGCCGAAGAGGAGCUUCCCCCGGCCAAGAAGAAGGCGCUGUCGCCUCGCCGUUGCAGGAUCAAGAUGCCUGUGCCUCGAUCCAAGGUGCUCCUCUCCUCUCUGAGGAGGCCGGCCCAUGGCUUCCUCUCUUCUCCCAUCUCCAACAUCAUCUCUGCUCACACCUUCAUCAAGAGCCACACGCCCAACAAAGUCGGCCCCAAGGAGAAGGAGCAGCUGCUCCUGCAGCAGCAGAAGCAGCACCAGGAGGAGCAGCGCAAACUCAAGCAGGAGGAGAAGCAACGCCUCAAGCAGGAGGACUUGAAGCGGAAACGCGAGGAGCGAGAGCGUCGCGCUGUGGAAGCGCGCGAGAAGAUGGAGCAGAGGGACCUGGAGAAGAAGCGCCGCUUGGAGCAGAAGCUCGCCCUGAUGGACCUCAAGCUGAGCAAGCAGAACAAGGAGGGGAAGGCUGCGGAGGAGAAGGCCAAGAAGCUGAACAGGAGGCACGGGGGGGGCGACGAGGAGAUGCCGGCGGCGGCUGAGAGAGUGAGGCACGCUCCCACGGAGGAGCAGGAGACUGCAUGGAGGGAGACUGAGGCUCAGAGACAGAGGGAGAUGGAGGCUCAGAGACAGAGGGAGACUGAAGCUCAGAGACAGAGGGAGAUGGACGCUCAGAGACAGAGGGAGACUGAAGCUCAGAGGGAGACGGAGGCUCAGAGACAGAUGGAGACUGAAGCUCAGAUGGAGACGGAGGCUCAGAGACAGAGGGAGACGGAGGCUCAGAGGGAGACUGAAGCUCAGAGACAGAGGGAGACUGAAGCUCAGAGACAGAGGGAGACAGAGGCUCAGAGGGAGGCUGAAGCUCAGAUACAGAUGGAGACGGAGGCUCAGAGACAGAGGGAGACUGAAGCUCAGAGACAGAGGGAGAUGGAGGCUCAGAGACAGAGGGAGACAGAGGCUCAGAGACAGAGGGAGACUGAAGCUCAGAGACAGAGGGAGAUGGAGGCUCAGAGGGAGACUGAAGCUCAG